CAUUUGUCGUACGUACGGAUCCCGAAAGCACGACAUAAUAAGUGCACUCCAUACGCCCAUUCGCCUAGUUGGAAAUCUCUUUGCUUUUUCAGUAAACAUUUUUUUGUUUUGGCAUCCCGUUUGUUUGGUUUUCCAAAAUAACGGGCUUUACAAAUGAACUAUAUUGUGCUGACGUAGCUACUUUUCAGAGAACUGAAAUGCAAUACUUUCGCAUUUACGAAAAACCUUUUUACAACAAAUGCUGAUUAAAACACUAGCAUGGCCAUCGGACGCACGGAGCAUAAUGAGUGGGGGCAAUAAAAAUGAUAAGUUGGAGGAGGCGAGAGGGUUGGUGGAUGAGACUGUGAAGAUUAUGAACAAUAAUAUGGAAGCGAUAUGGGAGAGGGAGGAUAAGUUGCAGAUAUUGCACGGUCGAGUUGAGGACUUGCAGGAGGGAGCUCAACAGUUCCAGCGCCGCAGUGCCAAAGUCAAGAUGAACUAUAUCAUGAAGAAUCUCCAGUUAACCAUCAUCAUUGUCAUCCUAAUAGCUAUCUUAAUAGCUCUAGUCCUGUGGGUUGGGUUGUAGGUUUUUUUUCGGUAAGGGUAACAUUGCUCUCAUUUUAGUUAGCAUAAAACCAUGUCUACUUUCUAUUCAUUCAAUAAAUCUAUCGUAAUCAUUCUU